CCCUGAAAAACAGAUGCAAGUAUUUGGGUGGGAGGGAGCAGUCGACUGCUGGCAAGCUCUUUAGGCAAUAUAUGACCGUAAGAUGAAGUCACAAACAUUGCGACUGGAGUCGACUCCCACUCAUCGAGAAACACAGUCAAUGCUUUAUGUGGAGAAGUACCAGCUGGUGCCACGGUCUCAUAGUCCUCCAUACUUAUUUGUGUGCAUCAGAAACUAGGAAAUAGACAUGCAAUUUAAGCGUAAAUCCACAACGACCAUCUUCGGCUGUGUAUUUGCAGUAUUCCUCCCCAAAAUCUGCUUUGCUGAUAAAAUUUGUACAGCCCCUUCAGAGCCUGUGACGAUUAAAGAGAACAACGCAGAUGACACAGUCGUUGUCCAUAUUAACACAACAACAAAGGAUGUAACGCUGAAUCUCACAGAGAAUCCUGGAAACUCAUUCUAUCUGAGAGGUUCAGAACUGAUAGCAAAGAAAGGCCUGGACUUUGAAACACUUUCAGGUCCUGAAGAGCUAACUGUGCAGGUCCGGUGUAAUAAAACUGGAUACAGAAGUAUCACUCUGAUUGUGAUUGUUCGUGUUGAGAAUAUCAAUGACAACAAUCCUUCAUUUGGCCAGAGCGAGUACACACUUAACGUAAAUGAGCUCACACCAGUUAAUACCAGCAUUGGCCUGAUUGAAGCAAUCGAUGAUGAUUCUGAGGUUCUGUAUUAUUCUAUAGAACCAACUUUGAACAGAUACUUCAGACUUGAGAACAUGUAUACGCCAAAAAUCCUUGUGAACAAAGUUUUAGAUUACGAUGUCAUCCAACAAGUGAAACUGAUCUUGUAUGCACAGGAUACUCCACUGCCAUUGCAACAUACUCCACUGCCAUCACAACCGAGUGAACGCUCCUUCACAGCUACAGCAACCAUCACCGUCAAUAUUAAAGAUAUUGAUAACCGUCCUCCGUGGUUUCAACCAUGUACAAGAGUAACCACUGGUAAUGCCAAAAUCUGCCUGAGCCUCGGCUACAGGGGCAGGGUGAACUUAACAGAGAAGCAGGAUGGAGCCUUGCAGUUGCAGCCAGGUCCAGUGUAUGCCAGAGAUGGAGAUAAAAGCAGAAAUGAAGAGAUAAGCUAUAAAAUUGUUCGAGGAAAUGAAGACAACAUAUUUCAGAUUGAUGAGAACUCCGGCAACAUAUCAAUGCUGAAACCAGCAGAUAUAGCAGGCCCAAUCUCCCUCUUAGUUUUGGCUUCCCAGGUAUUAAACCGAGAUCAGUUUGCCACCACUUCAGUCACCAUUGAUGUAAUGAAAAAGAGCAGAAAUCCUCCGAGGUUUGAGAAAGAACGAUAUGAAGGGUAUGUUUACAUUAGUUCAGGGCCUGAAAACAUGGUGCUAAGAGACAGGACGACCAACAGACCCUUCAGAGUCAGAGCAAGGGAUGAAGAUUUCGCAAGUGGAAUCAAUCCUGACAUAAAAUAUGAAGUGCAAUACAGCAGCUAUGUCAAUAUCACAACAGAUGGGUUUAUACUUUUGAAGAAAGCAGUUCGGACCGAUUCCUUCGCUUUGCAGCUUCGGGCGGUGGACGUGUCCACUGGUGAGUCAGGGACCGCUGCUCUCGCUGUCCUUGUCAUACCAUCCGCGGGGGUCCAGUCGCCCGACGAGAGCUUCCGCGCAGGAGACAUGGCUUUACUGGGCUUCGUAAUGGCCGCUUUACUGGUGCUCUGCCUCAUUGUGAUCGGCUAUCUGAUAUCCCGUGUCAAGAAGGGGAAUCCUGACGCGUUCAAGUUGUCUGAGUGUUUAGGGUCAUGCUUGAAGUUUACUCAGCCCCCUAACAGGCCAAGACCGAGAGAUAGCAUGCAGUUCAACAAUGAUGGUUUCUUAAAUGAAGGAGACACAGGGAGAUCCAGAGCCAGGCGAGCUGAACUGAGAGAAGGGAGACUGGAUGCGGUUCAAGCAGCAAGAGUGCGAGUGAUUCCUCGUGAAAGACUGAGGCACUGCCGAUCCUGUGGACUCCAGACGAGUUUCAACCAUUCCCAUCACAGUCCAGUCGUCCAAACCAAAGGGAAGGCCAAUAAGCAGAGAGUCAAGUCCAUUCUGGCUAAAGAGAGGAGGAAGGAUGACAGACACAAGAGCGUCUGGUUCAAGGAGAGCGAGGAUUCUUCAGAUAUCGAGGUGGAGAUCAUCCCUGACACUAUAGGGAUUAAGCCUGAAGAGGAGGUGGAGAAGGUCGAAGGGGAUUUCGCUUCCCAUCCACUGGAAGACAGUCAAAUGGAAUUAGGGGAUUUGAUAAUGUCGAAUAUACAGGACUUGAGUAGCAGGGAGAUUUCUGACGGCAGAGACGGACUGAAUACAGACAGAAAGGAUCCGUGAGGAACCGGCUCGAGCUCUUUUGCUCGUCAGAGACUGGAUUUCUGGAGUUUUUCAGUUCGGCUGUAAUAAUAAUAUGUCU